AUGGCCAUGAGGGUAGAAAGGGAGAGUGACGGAAUCUCCGCCACCCCUAGCCACCGGUUCCGUUCAAACGACGCUUCAGAUAUCAUCAGCUCACUACCCGACGAGAUCCUCCAUCACAUCCUCUCUUACAUUCGGACAAAGUACGCAAUCAGAACCUCCGCCUUGUCCAAACGAUGGAAGCACGUAUGGCGCGAAACCCCUUCUCUCUCCUUCCACUGCCACUUGCCGGAUCAUCCUAAUUCCAUAAGCAAAACCCUAGCCACCUUCACGGCUCCCAAAAUGGUGAGUUUCGAUAUGGAUGUUACCUUUAAUAACUUUUCCCUAACUUCAUCCCAUGUCGAUAGCUGGAUCGAGCUCGCUGUGUCCCGCCACGCCGAGAAAAUGUCUCUCAUCAUAAUCGGUUCCGUUAAUGUGUUACCAGAUUUGUUCUUUACCAAUUCCUCUGUAAAUCAGCUCAGCUUGACUUUGGGUCGUGGGACGUAUAAUAAUUGCGACAUGAUUCCUAAAUGUACGGUCCUUUGGACAUCGUUAAGGAACUUGUCUCUGAAGUGUUUCAGUCUGCCCGAUGAAUCCUUAGCUAAUAUCCUCUCUGGUUGCCCAAUGCUUGAAAGCCUGGUGUUGAUUUACUGUCAUCAGCUUCGUCAUCUUGAUCUCAGCAAGUCACCCAAGUUGACAAGAUUGGAGAUAACUGGGCAAUUCUACGGACCAUCCAAGAUUGUAGCCCCACACAUCCGUUUUUUGAAAUUGAUAGGGUCUCUUGAACAAUGUACUUUACUGGAUGUCUCCUCUUUAACCCAUGCUACAUUCAGCCUUACCCAUAUCCGAAGAACAACCACCAGGGAUGAUGAUGAUGAUUUUCAUCAAGACAUGGUUCUAAAGUUGCUAGAAAAGUUGCAAAACGUAGACAAGCUUACUAUUGCACCAAUCUUCCUUCAGGUUCUAUCUGUUGCCGAGCUUCGUGGUCUUCCUUUUCCGCAACUCCAUGCUAAAUCUUUGACUGUUACAAUGAUGGUUGUUCGAUCUGUUAUGCCUGGCUUAGCAAGGCUGCUACAAAACUCACCUGGAUUACAGAUGAUAACAGUUAACACAGUUUAUUACAAAGGCAUACGGGAUGCGGAGCUUGACAGACACUUACGUACGCAAGGUUUAAAUCCUGAUCGAUGCUGGAGAUUUAAAUACGGGGACUUUCCAGCGACAGAGCAGAUCUAUUCUUCAUCAUCGUCAUUUGGUGUUCUUGCUAAGCCAGCAAAGUCUUAAGAUGUGGUUUCCUUCAUACAACUUGUGCUGCAAAACUCAAAGACAGUAGAUACGAUGGUUUUAUGGCUGGGUGGUUACCUUAAUGCAACCGAGUACCAAAAGCUGCUUCGUGUGGUUCCAACAUUUACUCGCAACAAAAAUAUCAGAACUCGUGGUCAAGCGAAGCGGCUCUUUAACGUUUUAAAGAUUAUUCUGUGAACCGUCUGAGAUCUAUGUGUAUAAAUAUUUGCAACUAAGAGUCUAAGAACAAGAAGACAGUGUUGUAUUCCAUAUGACUUUGAUUUUGGUUAUAUU